UCUGAUUUCCGGCUUUCUUCUGCUGGUUUUUCCCUCGAUGGUUUUUCAUCUGUUUAAGAACUGGAUACCAAGCGAUGCGAUGACGUUAUUAAAGUUAAUAAAUUGAUUGAAUGAUCGUGAAAGAAGUGUAGGGUUGCAAUCUUAAUGGAUGUGUGUGAAAGCGCGUUUUCAAAGACUUUACUAUAGCAGGAGCUCGCGCAGCAGCAGCGGUCUGAGAUGAUGGCACCCACAAAGAUGAAGCUGCGUGUGAGGAAGAAGGAGAAAGGCUCUGUGAAGUCAUCUCAGCAGCAGCAGCAGCAGCCACUCCGUCCCGAGACGUCCCCAGAUUCAAAGUGUCCGAUCUGUCUGGACCGCUUUGUGAACGUGGCAUCUGUCGAGCGCUGCCUGCACCGUUUCUGCUUCCGCUGCAUCCGCGAGUGGGCCAAGAACAAAGCGGAGUGUCCACUGUGCAAGCAGCCGUUCCGCUCUAUCUUCCACUCGGUGAGGGCCGAGAACGACUUCAAAGAGUUUGUGGUGCUGGAGGAGAACGCUCAGAGCGCGACCACAUCAGCAUCAGCGACUGUUACACUGACUGCAGCAGCAUUAGCAGCGGCACCAGCCGGCCAAAAUGACACUGAAAGCACAGCAACUAGAACUCGCCAUUCCAGAGCAACGAGGACCAGGCAGAGGCGGAGUCAGAGAGCUCAAGACCCCACCCCUUCUGCUUCCUCGGUGGAAGGUGUGCCACUGGAUCAUGCAACAUUGGUGCAGCGAAAUCCAGCUUGCCUGCGGCAACUGCUGCCAUUACUGCGCCGAGAGCGAGUCAUGGGAGCCAAUCCCAGCGAGCUCCGCCCCUUCCUGCUGGCACGAACUGACCACAUCCUACAUGAGCUGGUGAGCUUUGCACGCUCCAUCGAGGCCAUGCAGUGUCCCCCAGCCCCGAGUUAUGAAGAGGAUAGCGGCUCCCAGUCCUCUAUAAUCAACAUCUCAGAGGAUGAUGAUGACAGUGUUGAAGCAGAUGUUACAGAGGACAACACACAGGAACGCGUGCCCCCUAUUCCCAUGGCAACUAGCAGCGAAAUCUCCCUCAGCCAAUCUGCCUGGGAUGAUGAGACUCCAGGCCCUUCCUACUCCACCCUCAGCCUUUCACAAACAGAGGACAUGGAACCUGAGGGAAACCAAUCAGGUGGAACCAGUGCUGCUACAGAACAGCAUGAACACAAUGACAAUGAGGGUAACGGUGAAGAGGAAGAGUGUAUGAUUGUGGGCUAUGUGAAGCCGAUGGCUGAACGAACUCCAGAACUUGUGCAGCUUUCUUCGGACUCCACUGAGGAGGAGGGGGGGAACGAGGCGGCUGCCACAGAGACAGUAAUGAAGGCAGAGACUUCAUUGUUGUCUCAUGAGCAGGCCCCACUCUCUCCGAAGCCAUAUCCUUCCACCUCACACACAGAGAGAGAAGAGAACCUGGAGCAGUCGACAGAGCAAGAUGCUGGGAAGCGCUCACAACACAGGAGGAAGGACCAUGCUCCAAGGCGUAGCUUCAGGAAAUCAUCACACUCAGUUUCAGGUUCCCGUUCCCAGACGAGCAGUGAGAGUUCUCCUCAGAGCAGACAUUCAGUAAAAAUCAGCAGAUCCCAUAUAAGAUUGAGCUGUCGAGAAUCAAGGAGACAGAGUCACCACAUGUUAGGACAGAGCCCUACUGCUUUCGCUGAAAGAGAAGGCUCCUCUUCAGAGGAACAUGUUCCAGCUCGUUCCAGUUAUGUACGAGACAAAUCAUCCAAGUCUUUCUCUCCAUGGGAUUCGCCCAGUAUCGAUGGUGAGCGGAAGAAGAAGAGGAGGAAGAGGAGGAGAGAAAGAGAAACCGAGAGGAGUAGAUCGCCUCAUCGGGAGUCACGACAUCGCCAUGGUGACCGUGAGCUCUGGCUUCGAAGCAGCAGCAGCAGCAGUGAUGCGGAUUUAUGCCGGGAAAAGCCUGCUGGAAAACGCAAAUACAAAACUCGGCACCUAGAGAGAACGGCUCGGCGGCGGAAGAGUGGGAAAUCGAGGGAAAGGGAACGGGAGAGGGAGCGAAGUCCGAGCGUGGAGAUCAUCUUUGAGCGUCGGGCCUCCGACACACACAUGAGGGGCAGGAGGCGCAGAAAGAGGAUGCGGAGAAGAGAGAGAGAGCAGACCUCACCUACCAUUAUCACUAUAGACAGCGACAGCAACAGCGAUCACACCGGUCAGACCCGUCAAACAGAGGCUUACAGUCACGCUGCUGACUUGCAGAACCAUCUUAUAGAUGAAGACAGAGAUGGCGGUAACAAUCACACUGCUGACUCUCAAGAUCGCACUGCUGACGACAACGAGCACAUCACCGACUUUAGUGAUCACACCAUUGAUUAUCAGGAACGUCUCGCUGAGCUUAGCGAUCGGACCACUGAUGAUAAAGACUGCGUUACAGACAGUAGAAACUGCACCAGUGAUUAUAAAGAUCACGUCAGUGAUCGGACCACUGCCUAUCAGAACUGCGGGACGGUGUUUAGUGACCAUAUAGCUGAAUAUAAAGACAGCGUUGCAGGUGAUAGCAUUCAAACCUCUAACUGUAAAGAUAAAGUUACCAGGGUUGCCGAUUACACCACUGAAUACAAGCAUAGUGUUCGGAAAGUUACUGAUCAGGCUGCUGAGCAUCAGGACCACGCUGCAGAUGUAAGCAGUCGCAGUGCUGAUUAUAAACACUGUGUUACAGAGGUUAACAGUAACAGCACUGACUAUAAAGAUCACGUUAAAGAGGUAAGUGGUCACACAGCUCACUCUAAACCUGCUCGUACCACUGACUCACAGGAGUCACUUUUGGACGGUGAUGACAGUCCAGACCGUUUUCAGGACUCUGUAACUGAUAUCAGUAGCCGAGGUGAGCCGAGUGCGAGUGUUUUGGGAAUGCUGAACCUGGAGCACUGCUUGGUGGAUAUGGUGCAGCCAAUCAGGAGAGUUGAUGACGGCGGCCACAGUGCAGCGAGUCCGCUGUCUCACACGCGGCUGCUGGAACUAGAGGACAGUCUGUUGGGGGAAGGGCAAGGGAUGCUUAGGAAUUGUUCUGUGGACCAACAGGAGGUGGGGCUUGUGGCUCAUAGGGAUCAAUCAGAGUCAGGGAUGGAGACGGAACACACUGAUGUGACGAGGGACUCUCAUAUUAGCGCAGAGAAGAGCCCUGAUGUAUAGAACUACACAAACACAAAUUUUCAUGUGGGACUUUGUCGACUCGUGUAAAAUAGCAAACCAGUUUUGUUUGUCUUUCUUUUUUUUGUUUUAUUUUAAAUUUUAAGCCAAGUGUGCAGGACAGAUAUUCAUUUUUAUUACUGUCACAAUUUUAGUAUUUAUAAUGCCUGUGAAGAAAUGAAUAAAAGAGAAUAAUCUGCUGUGCCACAACACGCACGUACACACAGAAGUCUGAAAUACACAAUACACAUUUGUCUGUUUUAAACUCAGGGAACUUGUGGCAAAUGUCCACUUCCUUAAUAACCACCAUGCCUCUUAGACUGUGUGUGUGUGUGUGUGUGUGUCUGGAAUGUGUCUGCCUCUGACAAUAUAAUAAAAAUGAACAAAAUAAA